GUCACUAAAGUUUUGUUAUUUUGAAAAUUGUAGGUUAGGUUUCCGGCAGUUUUUUUAAUUUUUAAUUUAUUACAAACUAAAAAAUGGAAAUUGCUUCGCACCUGAACGACUCCAAGGUAUUUAAGAAGGAUUUUUCCGAAUAUGGCCAGAUACUGAACAUCGAGCUAUCCCCAUUUAUCCUUUCGCAAGAUUUAAUUUUAAUUGGUUUUGAAAGUAGAGUAAUACUGGGCCAUUUAAGGCUAGAGGACCAAACUUUGGACCUUGAUAUCUUGGCGGAAUUCACCCUUAAGUCCCGAUGCUCCUCCUUGAGCAUCUCCCCCGAGACAUCAACCAGUAUUUUACCAAAUAAUAUAAUUUUCGCAGUGGCUUGCAAAGAUUUCAAAGUGCGAGUUUUCCGAAGUGAUUUAAGGGGCGACGAUGUCUGUAAAGUGUUAAGCGACCACAACAGUUACAUAAACGAUGUUAAAUUCGACCCCGACAACAAUUUUCUCGCAUCAGUGAGUGACGACAACACCGCCAAAUUAUGGGAAACUGAAGACUUCAAAUGUGUUGUUACACUCCAAUUAACAUCACCUGGAAUAUCCGCAUGUUGGCACAAAGAAGACAACUCGAAGUUGCUCAUUGCUGAGAAGAUCGGCCUGAUUCGGUUUUACAACGUCGAAACGCAAAACCCGAUCUUAUCGCUCGAUUACGGGAAGCCCCUGUCGUGCACCCAUUGGGCGCCUUCGGACUCGCAAUUCGUGGCCUCGUUGCAAUUGGGGGAACUACUCAUCUGGGAUUUAUCCAAACCUUGCGUACCCGCCACCAACACGCUUGUUUUCACCGAAGCUGGGGGCCAUGUCAGGUUUAACGCCUUUGGGGACCUGGUAGCCGCCAUCAAUAAUUUAGAUAGCACGCUGAAAGUUGUCGAUAUUCGAACGAAUCAAGUCAAGUUGGCGGUUUCUGUGGUACUUCCCAGCAAUGUGAACUGGCAUUGCAGGUACCCCCUUGUCUGUCUUGGGGAUUACAUGACGCUGACGUUUUGGAAAGUUGUGUCAAAAUAAAGCAAUUUUUUAAAAGUUUAAA